AUGACAGAGUCUGACUCCCUCCCGUCGGCCAAUGAAACUCGUCUGGAGGAAGUGUCAUCUCCCUCUCGUCCCGAGGAGCCCAGCUCGAGUUCAGAUAGCAUCCAGCAGAGGACUGGGACGGUGACCUUUCGGCCCGACUACACGGGCGUGGACUACUUUAGUCAGGCGGAGCUGUUCAACCAGCUGACCCCGGCAGAGGCUGCCGAACUGGGCAUCACCCGGCCGGGACGGCCGCUGGAGGAGCCCCAGUUGGUGAGCGGGAGUGCCGCCGGCGACCCCGGCACCGGGAACGGUCUUAUAGCAGGAGGAAGACCGCAGGAGGGAGCUCAGACGCUCCCAUCUGGAAAUAUCCCGGGGUUGUCCGGAGUCAGCUCGCUAGACGGUGGGGGAGGUGAACACGUGUCUCCUGAACUGUCGCCAGCGUCAACUAGCCCGUCUUCAGCUAUUGCUACUCCCUCGCCAGCUAUAGUGGACGUCAUGUUAGUGGAGAACAGCGCUAACAGGGUGACUGCCGUUGACCUGUCCCGUCCCGCCGGUGCUGCGCCUCACAACGGUCUGACAGCAUCUCUGGCCGAGGCUGAUUUCGGGGCUCACCACCCGAGCGUCGCUCUGGGCCCGGUGGCGGUGCCGGCAGACAGCGACCGCGGAGGGGGAGGUGGUCCUGGUGGCGACUCUGCGGCCGUGAGCGGUCCUCUGAUCAGCGGACCCGGUCCGCUGAGACCACUCAUGACCCACAAUCGUCCCACCAACACCGUGCAGUCGUCCUGCAGUAACGCCGGCGGCACGUGUCACGCGACCGCUUCAGUCGGUGGUGGAGGGAGCAGCGGAGAGAGCGGCUCCGGAGGAGUCGGACCCGUGGCGCCGCCGAGACCAGCGCGGCCGCAGCAGAUGGGCGCUGGGAUACAGGUGGUGCCAGCAGCCACCUUCAGCCGGCCCAUCCUCCAGGACCAGCACAUGGGGAACGGGAACGGCCGGCCGACAGCAGCUCCGACCACCUCCCCCACCACCACGAGCCGUCCCUCCACGCGUCCCUCCAGCCGUCCCUCCACCCGACCCUCCAGCCGGCCGCAGACAGACGCCGAGCGGACCAACGCGCUGGCUGCGGCCAUCCGCAACCCGCUGAUGCUGGCCAUCGGUCUGGUGGCCGUGAUGUCGGCAGCCUACCUGGCCAUCGCUAUGGAGGAGAACAACAGCCUGCAGGCGUUCCAGGCGGCGCAGCUGCAGGCGCAGCAGGACGAAUUCGCGGCCAGCCAGGCGGCGGCGGCGGCGGCCGGGAGGUGA